GCUAAGUUUCAUUUCUCAAGGUUGCAGCAUACGGAGUGAGGAAUACUUACAGGAACUGUCAGCCUUAAAUCCAACGGUCAUGGCAACUGGAUCAGAAGUGAGAGUCGAGGAAUAUUUUCAAUGUUUGAUUUGCAACCAGCCAGUCACUAAACCCAAGCUGCUCCGAUGCCUUCACACCUUUUGUGAAGGUUGCCUACAGAAAGAAUGUCACGAGAAAUGUGUCAAAUGUCCCCUGUGUGAGAUGCUAACCAAUGGAGAUCCUGUUUCCUUACAGGACAACAUACUUGUGGCAAACUUACAAAGCAAAGUGAAAAAGCAGCAGCAAAUCCUAACAAGCAGUGAGCUGCGCUGUGUCUCCUGUGAGGACAGUGCUACGCCUGAGUUCAUGUGCCUGGAGUGUGAUAAGCUCCUGUGUACAAAGUGCCUCAAUAUACAUCAGGUGCUAAUGACAGAUCAUAAGAAGCACGUUCAGACCUUGGGGACAUUGAAGAAGUUGGAUUCUGAUGAAUUCUUGAAGAUCCUUAGAAGACAAAAGCAUCUUUUUUGCAGUACUCACGAUGAUCAGCAACUCAGUCUCUACUGCACCACCUGCUCGGUGUGGUUGUGUGUCCUGUGUUUGGUGCUGGAACAUAAGGACCAUAACUGCUGUGGCAUCAGGAAGCAGAUCGCCACACAGAAGAAUGAGUUGCGAGAGAUGCUGGGUGCAGUACAAGAGAAUGAAGCAAAAUUCAACAAAACGCAGGGGGACCUGGAGAUGCUUGUAGACAAACUGAAUAGUGGCAAGUAUAAUGUGGAGGAACUGAUCAGAGCAAGAGUUACUGCUGCCAUUGAAAAGGUGAAAGAGGAGGAAGGCAGGCUACUGAAUGAACUGAAGGAACUUCACUCAGCCAGAAUCCAGAAGCUGCAGGAAGGUGUGACAAAAACAGAAAAUGUGCUGAAAAGAAUGUCUGUGAGCAAAAGCCUGGUGUCCCAGUUGCUUCGCUAUGCCACAGAGCAGGAGGUCUUGGAGCUGCAAGGAACAAUUAAAUCAGCGCUCAGCAGCCUCCGGGAAGAGAAGCCCCUGAAUGUACAAAUGCAGAAUGCGGUGAUAGAUUUUCAGGAGUGUUGGGUUUAUCCAGAGAAAAUGCUGGGCAGCCUGAUCAUCACAAAGUUGAGACCAGAAGCAGUUCCAGAUGGAAAGUCGAGAUUGCCUGGAUUCGAUACUCCUGUAUUGUACGGGAAAGAGGAUAUGGAGCACACUGCUCAAAAAAUUGGCGACAAAAGGAAACGGGAUGCAGAGACAGAAACACAACCCCCUAUAAAACAGUGUGUGAAAGAGGAGACAGGUAAGAGUGUAGAGGGAACUUCCAGCACUUCUUCCAACUAUGGGGUCCACAGCCCAACCCCCCGCAUAGAAAGUGUCACUUCGUAUGCCGAGGAUGAUGGAAAGCAAAACUCGCCCUUUGUCCUAGAUGCGGUAGUGGAGCUGAUACAAAUAGAUUCAGAAGAUUCCAACUGUGAUUAAUCAAAGGUGAAUGUCCUGAUGCGGAGUGCACCUAGGAAGAUUGGAGCAGAGGCACAGACAGCAGCUUUCUUCAGCAACUAAUGCAAACAUUUGUGAUAUUUGUUAUGACCCGGAAUGCACCGCCUGAAAGGGAGAUGUAAGCAGAUUCAAAAGAGAAUUGGAUGUGUAUCUGGAAAGGAAAAAACUGCAAGGCUAUAGACAAAGAGCAGGGUAAUGGGACUAAAUGGGAAACUCUAAAUUGGAAUGGCCUCCUGUGCUGUGAGAUUCUGUGGCUCUGUGAUUGUUUCUGAAGUGCUGUUGUAAAUGGCUACAGAAAACAAGAGGAUGUCAGAUUGCUGCUCUCGAAACAAGAUAAUGUUAUCCAUUUAUACUAAUAAUGAAUAAUCCCUAUUUUUAUUGGACUCAAAAUGUUGACUCUGUUUCUCUCCCACAGAUGCUGUCAGACCAGCUGAGUUCUUCCAGUAUUUUAUGUUUUUAUCUCAGAUCUCCAGUUCCACAGUAUUUUGCUUUUAUUUUAAUGGAUAAUCCCUUGUUUGGAUAUAGGCAAAUUAUAUCAGUAUCACAAAUUCAAGCUUUACUUCCAUCCUGUGUAUGACACAGGAGAUACUCAGACCAAGGCUUCUCCCAAGUGGCUGCCCUAACUGUGGCAGCAGGUUGGCUGAAACCCUACUUGCGUUGUGUAAAUGAGAUUGCUGGUGAUCUUCUGCCAAAGUUGGGGCGGCUAUUCGAGAGAAGCUGAGAGGAAACUCCUGAUCUCUGUUUGUGUUAUAUGCUGCACUACAAUGUGAGAAUUGAUAAUUAUUUGUAGGUAUAAAGAAAACCUCACUGUAUAUGAUUCCUAGUAUUAAAAUACAACAGCGGGCAGUCCUACCCUCCCCACAUUAUAAAAUGUGUCCCCAGUCAAGUCCUACCCUGCUUAUAUUGUGAAGAAAUAAAGACCAGGGACAGUCGUAGACAAAACCUAUAUAGAGAAGUUGGGAAAAGACAGCUACCUGCAUCCUCAGAUUUACACAUUUCCACACAGGUCUCACUUUGAACAGUUUCCCAAUUUUGGAGAUAUGUAUUUAGAUAUUGUCCAGGCUACAUAAACAAAUACAUUAUUUUUAACUUUCCAGCCCAUUCCAUUGAGGAAUAGCAGCUGUGAAGCAUGCAAAGUUUUUUCAUACUAGUCAGCAUCGAGCAUUCUCAGGUGAGAUUAAGUACAAAGUAGUUAUACUCUGAGGGCAGGUACAUCACCGUUUACUUGUACAGUACAGUAUAGACCCCACUACACUAUCUUGUGAAGUGUUGAGAGGCCAGGUUCAUUCUCUAUCAGUUGCAGGGUUAGGCUCACUCUGCAGUGCUUAAGCAAAUGUUUUAUGCUUACUGAAAAACACUUAUCAAAGUCACAAAUUACAUCCUAUGUGACUGUGAGAAGGGUAAACUUUCCGUCCUUUUCCUUCUGUACCUGAGUGCAGUCUUUGACAUGGUUGACCACACCAUGCUCCUCCAAACCCUCUCCACUGUUGUCCAGCUGGAUGGGACUGCACUUGCACUCGCCUGGUUCUAUUCUUAUCCAUCUAAUCAUAUCCAGAGAAUCACUUGCAAUGGCUUCCCUCAAAGAUCUAUUCUUGGCCUCCUCCUAUUUCUCACCUACACGCUGCUUCUUGGUGACACUAUCCAAAGGCAUUCACAUGUUUACUGAUGACAUUGAACUCACCAUGAUCUCUCUUGACUCCUCCAUUGUUGCUAAAUUAGCAGGUUGCUUAUCUGAUAACCUCUUAUGUUGAGCAUCACUGGUUUUACUCAUUCCACCAUUGGUGGCCGUGACUUCGGUUGCCAAGGCCUGAAGCUCUGGAAUAUCCUUCCUACACCCCUCCGUCUCUCUAUCUUUCUGUCCUCCUUUAAAGCACCCCUUAAAAGUCACCUCAGUGACCAUGGCUUUUUGUCAUCUGACCUAAUAUCUCCUUAUGUGGCUCAGGUAUCAGACUUUGUUUAAUAAUGUUCCUGUGAAGCACCUUAGGAUGUUUUAUUACAUUAAAGGUGCUAUAUAAGUGUAAGUUAUUGCUAUCAACUGUUCUGCUCAGGCACAAAUGUCUGGCACAGUGUAUAAAGUCUCAUGAUGGAGUCAUACAUAUAGUUCCAACAGGGUCUCUGGGCAGUGAGUAUGAGCAGGAACCCCAGCUAGCUAUUCUGUCCCUGGCUGUGGGAUACUGUGACCAACUGCAGUAUCCCUUAUGCCAACCUGGCUAACUGAGCACAGACUCGGCCUCCCUGGUUCAGCAACCCUAAGCAUAGUGUGUGAUGUGAAACUCAUUUGACUGUCAAAGUCCAUCCUCCAGGUAUCUAUCUUCCAAACACUUCUUAAAUUUAAACAGUUUCCAAACUUAAACAAAGCCAAUUACAUAGCUGUGAGGGGAGAACUGGCUAAGAUUAAUUGGGUAAAUAGGCUAAAAGGUAUGUGGUGGCCUAGACAAAUAUGGAACCCACUUAGUACUAAAAGGGUUAAUGGAAAAAUUGAAUUAAAUGCUUAGGUCUAAGAGAAAAGUACUGCACCCUUGAAGAACAAUACCAUUUUGUCUGACCUCUGUUGUAGGAUGAGCCCUGAGACAUUCCAUGUUCUUUCUCAGGCCGAAUGUAACCAAAGUUGUGAUAACCAAGUGCAUAGGCACCGCAUCUGUUGUGGUGGGAAUGGAAAUUAAAUAAAACAUGGAUUGGUUAGUUAACAUAUGCAAAUAAGCGGAUUGAGAUGUGCAAAAUUUACUGAUUGGCUGUAAAAUGCUUUUAAGCAAGUGUUUGUGUAUUCUGCUUUGAGACGGUACAAUAGCUCUCGUUGUAUUGUUCUCCCUUGUGCACAAGUAAUAAAUCUAUGUAUUAAUGA